AUGUUCAGCGCAUUGAAAAGAUUGGCAAUUUUUGAGACCUUUGCGAGCCAUCGAUCAGCCCAGAUGACCACUUCAAGCUCGAGCUCAAACCAUGGCCAAUAUCGGGAACAAGUAGAGGCCCAAUUGAGAGAAAACCGGGAACGUUUGGAAGCAUUGACGCAUGAAGGAUCGCAGAUCGGCUUCCAAGUUGAUCCUAAGGACAUUCCCAAAGCAAAUCCAAAUUUGAAGGUGUUUUUUUUCGAUAUUGAUAACUGUCUUUACAAGAGAUCGACUAAAAUCCAUGAUUUAAUGCAAGUAUCAAUUCACAGUUAUUUCAAAAAUGAGCUUCAAUUGGAUGACAACGAGGCCCACAGAUUGCGUGAGACUUACUAUAGGGAAUACGGCCUGGCAAUUCGCGGCCUGGUGAAGCAUCAUGAUAUCGAGGCCCUUGAAUAUAACAAAAUGGUAGACGAUGCGCUGCCUCUGCACGAUAUACUGAAGCCUGAUCCGGCCUUGCGGGAAAUGCUGAUAAAACUAAGGAAAUCGAAAAAGGUGGACAAGAUGUGGUUGUUCACCAAUGCCUACAAAAAUCACGGGCUCCGCUGCGUUAGACUUCUGGGAGUAGCAGAUCUUUUCGAUGGCAUCACAUACUGUGACUACUCACAGAGGGACAAUCUGAUUUGCAAACCAGACCCUCAGGCAUUUGAACGAGCCAAACUGCAGAGCGGUUUGGGCGAUUACAAGAACGCUUGGUUUGUCGAUGACAGCGGUAGUAAUAUUAAAACUGCGAUAUCAUUGGGCUUCAAGAAAAGCAUACACUUGAUAGAAGACGAAGUGGACGAAAUGUUGGGCAAAAAUCCAGAGGGCUCACUAAUCAUCCAGACCAUUGAAGAUUUGCCGCAGGCCGCGCCGGAAUUGUUUUCAUAG